AUGGAGAGCAUUGCCGAAGGGCCGAAGGAAAGGGCUCCAGGAGAGGGCAGGCGGCCGGUGGGGUCGAGAUCAGCGCUGCUUCCCCCCGGCCGGCUGGCUUGCGACUACGUGGUGCCCUGCCUGGCCCGCUACGGCCUCUGCGUGAAGGACGCCUUCCUCGGGGAAGCGCUGGGCGGGCAGAUCCUGGCGCAGGUGGAAGGGCUGCACCGCGGCGGCAAGUUCCAGGACGGGCAGCUGGUGCUUCGCAGAGCGGGGCCCGCCCGCCGCAUCCGCGGAGACCAGGUCGCCUGGGUGGAGGGCCGGGAGCCCGGCUGCAGAGCCAUCGGCGCUCUCAUGGCCCGCCUGGACCAGCUCAUCCUGCAGUGCGCCGGGAAGCUGGGCGGCUACGAGAUCAGCGGCCGGACGAAGGCCAUGGUGGCCUGUUACCCGGGCAAUGGCCUGGGCUACGUGCGGCACGUGGACAAUCCCCACGGAGACGGGCGCUGCGUCACGUGCAUCUACUAUCUCAACCGCAAGUGGGACAGCAAGGUGCACGGGGGCCUCCUGCAGAUCUUCCCAGAGGGCCGCCCGGUGGUGGCCAACAUCGAUCCCAUCUUUGACCGGCUGCUGAUCUUCUGGUCCGACCAGCGCAACCCGCACCAAGUGAAGCCGGCCUUUGCCACCAGGUAUGCCAUCACAGUCUGGUAUUUCGACGCCAAGGAACGGGCCAGAGCCAAGGAGGCACACCAGCGGGCUUCUGCUCAGAAGGAAGGAGCCUCUUCUGCGACAGGGGCUGACGGCCCCACGUGAUGGAUGGAAGACGUUGCCAUGGGAACCUGACUGGCGAGGCCCGCCCCUCACUGGCCAUCCCAGCUGCCUGCGGAUGCUGCCAGUGCUUGGCUGGGAGGCCCCGAUGCAGGGAGGGGGCCCCAGGGGAGAGAGGGGCCUCGGGUGCGAGGAGGAACCCUGGCCGUGUGUCUCUGUGGUGCACAGCUGUGCUCUGGCCAGUCUGUAAACGCAGCUCCACUUUGCACAUGGGGUGCUAUGGGGCACCCCCUGGCUGGCCCCUCCGGCUGCUGCCCGCAUCACCCCUUUGCGGGUGAGGGGAGAGAGAGAGGACUGCGCAAUAAAGAUACCU